AUGGUAGCUUGGGCAGCUUUAGGCGCAAUGGGAACAAAAGCAUUAGCAUUUGGAGCAAAAGCACUUGGAGCUUAUGACGCAGUAAAUAAAAUGAGUGGAGGAAGGGUUUCGAAGACAUUAGAUGCAAAUAAAGGGAAGAUUGGAGGCUGGGUUGCAAAGAAGUUAAGAUUAAAUAAAAUAGGGCUCAUAAAUAAAGCAUCCAAUUUGGUUGCGACUGAGUCAGAAAAUGCUUUAGGAAAGGACGAUGAGUUUGCAAAACACGCAAAAGACUUUAAUGACCAGAUGAAAGGUGAAACAAUACAUUUAAAUAGAGUCGAUGGAACUAAAGAAAAUGUUUCUUCUCCACCAGUAGUUCUUCCGUAUGGUCCCUAUGGAAUGUAUGGAAACCCUUACGAAAGACCAUUUGACCCAUUGACUGGUGGAA